AUGAAAACACUGUGUUUGGUUUUGCUUUUUCAUGCAAGUCUUCAGCUCCGAUGUGAUCGAAAGAUCACAGCACAUAUAGGAGGUGAAUUCAUUCUUAAAUGCAGCUAUGACACAAACCGAUUCCUGUUCAGUAAAAAGUACUGGUGCCAAGGGGACUCUAGAAGCACCUGUACGAUUUUGGCAGAUUCAGAGGGUAUAACUAAAAAUUCACACAGGUCUCAGGUAUUAGAUUUAAGAAGAAGAGGGCUGUUUGUGAAAGUCACUGAUCUCCAAUUCGGCGACACUGGAGUGUACUGGGUUGGGAUUGACAAAGUAAAUGCUGACAUCAUGACUUCAGUUAACGUGGUCAUCACUGAAGUUCCGGUAUCUAAACCCAGUCUUUGGCCCCUGAGCUCUCUGGUGGACAGACAAACAUGUUGGGGUCAGCCGGUGACAGUGCGCUGUGGCUGUAAAAGGGGCACUGGCGUUCGUUACACAUGGUACCAACACACACACCACAAGGACUUCCUGCUUCACAGCUCAUCAGACUUACACCUACGCUGUGGCACCUUGGACAAGGACAGCGAUUAUUACUGUAUUGCCAGUAAUGACAUAAGCAGUCAGAGGAGUGAUGUUCUCUCGGUGCAGGUUCUGAUGCCUGCAGACAGCAGCUGUAUCUAUGUUGUUCGUGCGGAGGGCCAACCCAUUUAUGACUGCGCUGACAGAAUGAGCACCACCACAGCCACAACUCCAGCUCUGACGACCUGCCAAGCUACUGUAAAAAUCCAAUCUGACGCAACCAACUGGUCACUUCCAGUCAAUGACACGGAACAAGAUCUGUUUUUCAGCAGGGCAUGGACAGGAGUGCCAUUCUGGUAUAUGCUGCUGCGCUGGGCUUCUUUUGCAUCCUUACUGAUAUUUCUGUGCAUAGUACUCAAAUGUACAAAAGUGAGACACAAACGUGCCAAGAGGAGGAGGAGGAGGAGGAGGAGGAGGAGGAGGGCUUGUGUGAGGCGAAUGCCCCAUAUGGUUAACUGACCUGCUUUUACAGUGGUAGUUCUUUGGAAGCCAUAUCAGCACCUGUGACAUUGCUUUGUGGUUUUAUUGUUGGCCAAGGUUCUUUGAUAACACGUGGAUCUUUUUUACUUUGGAGGUGAGUGUUUCUUUAAAUUUACCCAUACUAUAAAGUCAAAUUUUGUUAGUUUGAGGUGAGGAUGCAAAAAAGAAGACUGUAAUUUGUUGUGUUCUGUGGAGACGGCUCUGCUUGAAUGGAAUUACCAUUAGUAUGAACCAUGUUAAUGAAGCUGAUACUAAGAUCGUCUCGCAUGAUUUUG